AUGGCUGCGAUCAACAAGACGAAGUUUAAGGUUCUUGAGCUGAACGGCAAGAACUACCAGACCUGGGCACUCGAUUGCGAGUUCCACCUAGAGGCGAUGCAGCUGACUUCCACGAUCGCUAGGCCUGCUGCCAGUGUUCCUGCACUGCCGCUCCAUGAGAAGUUGAAGCUUCAGGAGCGCUUCGGCAAGCAGAAGGCGGUGCUCCUCCCACAGCUUCGCUUCUGUGGUCAAGUUGUCACUGAGCUCGAGAUGAUCGAGAAGACCCUCGAGACUUUCCAUCCCACCAACAUGGGAAGGGAACUGGAUGAGGGAUCCACGGCUGCGCCGUCACCUCACGUGGUUGCACAUGGUUUUUUUAUUAUUCCGCCGCUUGCCUACCCCAGCCCGUGCUGUGAGAGCCUCGUGGAAUAUAAUCACAGGCCUCUCGCCGGGGUUUGCUUCCUCUACCAGGCCACCAAGGCACCUUUACCGAACCAUCAACCAGCUAGAGUACCAGACGCCUUACCCUUGCAUACAUUUAUACAAAGAAUCAAAGGUGCCACGACUCGCCAACUCGCCAUGUCGUUCUCCGUGCAAACCGUUCCCCAGCAAGAAGCCGAUGCGCAAGCGGAGGAAACCAACCAGCAACUCUACCAGCGUUUCACCGACCUGGUCUCCUCCCUGCCGAGCUCCGAUGGCCUGUCGCACCAGCGGCUCUACCUCCACGGCCAAGGCUGGCGCACCGACCAGAUGCCCAUGGUCGGUGCCAUGGUCGCCGGCGCCCGCUUCGCCGCGCGGCCCACGGACGUCGUCCUCGCCAGCCUGCCCAAGACCGGCACCACGUGGACCGAAGCGCUCCUCUACGCCAUCGUGCACCGGCGGGAGCACCCUCCGGACGCCGCCGACCACCCUUUCCACUCCUUCGGCCCCCACGAGUGCGUCCAGAACUUGGAGUUCCAGAUCUACACUUGCGGCAGAGUCCCCGACAUCGGCGACCUCCCGGAUCCGAGGCUCUUCGCCACGCACGUCCCCUUCGCGGCGCUGCCGGGGUCUGUCGCCGGUGGCGGCUGCAUGGUCGUGUACGUGUGCUGCGACCCCAAGGACACCCUGGUCUCUCUAUGGCACUUCAUAAACAAGUUCAGGGCCAAGGAGGGGAUAGGGCUCCUCUCCGCCGAGGUCGCCGCCGACAUGUUCUGCGCCGGCGAGUCGCCGUUCGGCCCGUACUGGGAGCACGUGCUCGGGUACUGGCGUGCGCACCUGGCGCGGCCCGACCGGGUGAUCUUCUUCCGGUACGAGGAGAUGAUGAGGGACCCCGCGGCGCACGUCCGACGGCUGGCGGAGUUCGUGGGGCUCCCGUUCGGCGGCGCUGGCGAGGACGGCACGGCGGACGCCAUCGUCAGGCUGUGCGCUUUCGAGCACAUGUGCGGGCUUGAGGCGACGAAAAGCGGCAGGACGGUGGCGGGGACCAGCUCUGUGGAGAACAGCAUCUUCUUCCGGCGUGGCGUGGUGGGGGACUGGGUGAACCACCUCUCACCGGAGACGGCGCGGCGCAUCGACGACAUCACGCGCUCCAAGUUCGAGGGCUCCGGUCUCAUCGUCUAGCGUCGUCCUUGAUCUUCAGCUGUUCGUGAUACCAGGUGCUAAAGUUUAGCAAUAUCACAUCGGAUAUUCGGAUGCUAAUUAGGAGAACU